UGAUAGCGGUCGGUACCAUGGCUGCUGCCGGCGCUGCGUAUCCCCGCCUGAGCCCAAGGAGACGGCCUGAAAAUAUCCUGGUUCGGGUUCGGAGGGGGCAGCUGACGGGGUGCGGCCUCACCCGGGGAUCCCAGAUUACAAGAGCACUGCUGAAAGAAUGGGAGAGGAAGGCCAAAUGGAAUGGUAUCCCACUGCUCUUGCACAAACUGUAUAAGUGCAGCCAGCCUAACAGUGACUUCUCACAGUGCCAGAGCAUAUUAAAGGAAAUUUCUCCUCUUCUUUCCAUGGAAGCAAUGGCAAUCGUGACUGAUGACAAGAAGCCAAAUCCCGAGCUCCCAUACCCCAACACCUACACAUUUGAUUUGUUCGGUGGAGUAGAUCUCCUUGUAGAGAUCCUCAUGAGACCGAGCCUUUUCCCACAGAAGAAGAAACAGAAAAUCAGCGAUGAAUUGAUCAAGGACUGUUUAAGUAUCCUCUACAACACUUGUAUAUGUACUGAAGGUGUUACAAAGAGACUGGCGGAGCGAAACGACUUUGUGCUCUUUUUAUUUACAUUAAUGACAAACAAGAAGACUUUCCUGCAAACGGCUACUCUCAUUGAAGACAUCCUAGGAGUCAAAAAGGAAAUGAUUCAGCUGGAGGACAUUCCUAACCUGAGCAGCCUGGUGUCCAGCUUUGAUCAGCAGCAGCUGGCAAACUUCUGCCGGAUCCUCUCCGUGACCAUAUCUGAGCUGGACACUGGCAACGAUGAUAAAUACACCCUCCUUGCCAAAGAUGCACAGCAGAAGAAGAGCCAGAACCCUUCCCGAGCAGAAUUAAAUCAAGCCACACUGUUAAAUAUCCCAGGCUUUAUCGAGAGGCUAUGCAAACUUGCCACCCGGAAGGUUUCGGAGUCCACAGGCACAACCAGCUUUCUGCAGGAGCUGGAAGAGUGGUACACGUGGCUAGACAAUGCGUUGGUUCUGGAUGCACUAAUGCGAGUGGCUAAUGAAGAAAACGAACAGAGCGGAGCAGAAUCAUCAGAUGAGAACAGCCUGGCCAAUCCUUCUGCUAGGACCCAGCUUCCCCAGUCCAUGAAGAUUAUGCAUGAGAUCAUGUACAAAGUUGAAGUUCUCUAUGUUCUGUGUGUCUUACUGAUGGGGCGACAGAGGAAUCAGGUCCAUAAAAUGAUAGCAGAGUUCAAGCUGAUUCCAGGCCUCAAUAAUCUUUUCGACAAAUUAAUCUGGCGGAAACCUUCUGCCUCCACUUUAGUUCUUCAUGGACACAACCAGAAUUGUGACUGCAGCCCAGAUAUUUCCUUAAAGAUACAGUUCUUACGGCUUCUUCAGAGCUUCAGUGACCACCACGAGAACAAGUAUCUACUUCUUAACAGCCAAGAGUUAAAUGAACUGAGCGCCAUAUCGCUUAAAGCCAAUAUUCCGGAAGUAGAAGCUGUGGCCAACACAGACAGGAGCUUAGUUUGUGAUGGGAAGAAAGGCUUGUUAACCCGGUUACUGCAGGUGAUGAAGAAGGAGCCAGCAGAAUCGUCCUUCAGGUUCUGGCAGGCUCGGGCAGUGGAAAGCUUCCUCCGUGGGGUGACGUCCUAUGCUGAUCAGAUGUUCCUUCUAAAGAGAGGGCUUUUAGAGUUCCAGAUUUUCCUUAAUCAAAUUAACAGCUCUCUAGUCGAUUCCAACAUGUUGGUGCGAUGCAUUGCUCUGUCUCUGGACCGGUUUGAGAAUCAGUCAGAUGAUAUUAAAGUUGCAGAAGUGCUGUCAGAGUGCCGCCUACUGUCUUACAUGACUGAGGGCUCCAUCCGUAUGAACUUCCUUUUCCGGCUAAUAAACAUUAUACACGUGCAGACCUUAACACAGGAGAACGUCAGCUGCCUGAAUACAAGUCUUGUCAUCUUGAUGCUGGCCAGGAGAAAAGGCCGGUUACCCUGUUACCUGCAGAACAUCCGCAGCAAGGAGCGCGUCGAAAAAUACCCGGGAUUCAUCCUCAACAACUUCCAUAGCCUCCUCCGCUUCUGGCAGCAGCAUUACCUCAAUAAGGAUAAAGACAGCACCUGUUUAGAGAAUAGUUCCUGCAUCAGUUUCAGCUACUGGAAAGAGUCUGUAUCUGUACUGUUAAGUGCUGACAGGACAUCGCCAUGUGCCAUUGUGAGCUAUAUUGAUGAGGCAUAUAUGGACGUGGACAGAGAGUUGUCUGAAGCCUAACAUCUGCGUGGGGUUGUGGACGUCCCAAUGUAGGGCAACCAGAGUUGUACUUUGAGGCCAUGCAAGUAGUAGUGGCUCUGUCUGUCUGAGUGAACCCCAAGUGCAGCCAACAUGGUGUUUUCCUUCUGAAGUGUCAGCGCUAGCACUUGGGUUGCCACUUUUUUAAUUCCAUUUUUUUUUUUUUUUAAAUGCGUGUUUGGAGACUUAUCGUUACAGCUUAUCCUAUAGAUCUGUCUAAAUUUUUUCAAAUACUCCCCUGAGGGGAGUUGGAUCUCAAUACCCGAUACUAAAUAUCCAUCUGGUCUUGGAGACUGUACAGAACCUACUCUUUUAGUGCUGCUUUUUCCUGAGUGAAAGCAGCUUUUAAUAAAGACGUAAGCAGUUAUUGGAAACCCCAUGUAGUGACGUUACUUUCUUCCCAAGAAGGGGGGUUACAGAUAUAGUGUAUGAAAAGUAACUCCAGCAGGGGGCAAUAGAUACGUUUGUGUUGACUAUAACGGCUUUAAAUUGGUUUACUGCCCCUAGUUAGACUUGUCUUCUGGAGAGGACAGAAUGGGCAAUGGACCUGAGGAAGAUAUUCUGCUAACCAAUAGUAUCAUUAGUCCCUUGUAGUCCAUUGGAUGGGAUUGCAGUUGGUGCUCUGUCUGUUUCACACUGCACCAUAUUCAUCAAGUUCCGCACUUUGAGUUCUGGAUAGAGAGGUUGCAGUGGAGAACAUUCCAUAGGAGUCAAUAGAACCGUUAAAUAUGGAGGAGUCCUAUCAUGUGACCAUUUCCAUUGAUGAUUAUGGCCCCAUUUAUCACCCGGCAAAUCAUGUGUGUUGAACGUUUAUUAUCCAGCCUGUGGCUCUACAGCUAAACAGGACAAGGGCCCGUGUUUAUUAGCAAUGUGUGUUUUAUUCUCUGUACAAAAAAGUCAGGGACAGCCCAGUUUCCUUAUUCAGGGGCCAUUCACUAUUUUUUUUUAUAGCCCCUCCAGCUACUAGUCCCAAUCCCUUGUGAAUGGAUCUGGCCAGUCACUAAUGGGAUGAAUUCAGUAUUUAUUAGUGAUUGAGCCGAAUCCUGUGUUGUGUUUAUCCUGAACCAGAGAGAACCCGAUGAACUGAUCUGUUGAUUCUACGCUGCCCGCCCUGCUUUUUAUAUGUGUUUUAUAUGUUCUUCUGCAGCGACACUAAUCUGUUUUAAUGAGAAGUAUGUGUGGGUCACACGUUUACCUGCUUUUAUUAACCGUGGGAUUCCAGAUUUUAUUUCCAGCCUUGCUGUGUGAAUCCUUGCAGCACAUUGAUCUGUAUCAUUUUAAUUCCCCUCGUUUUAACUGCUGGUUUGUCGUCUUUCUUAUACUCGUUAACAGCCAAUCGCUCUGCUUGUUGUACAGCGGCUGAUAAACGACCUGUUAAUGCUUCACCUUUAAAUCUAACAUCAUUUACAAUGAAUUUUGCCCUUACACUGAUGAAAUAAACCCUAUCUCAAUAAACUUAAUUCCACUGAUAAUUCAUACUAAAUGUCAGUCCUGUCCAAUAACAUCCAAACAAAAUUCCCUAAUUGCCGCCAGUAGAGGGAGCCCCUCCCCCUAGCAGAUCAGCGCCUUCCCAAUAAUAGCUAUUAACGUCCACAGUGAGUUUGUUUUUUUGUUUUUUUUUUAAUUGGGUGAUCCCAUUCUGUUUAACCCUUUAUUCAUUUCCCAGCCUUGGAAAUAUCCUGUUUGUUUGAUAUAAAUAUAUAGAGAGAUUAUUCGUGACUUAGAACUGGUGUAAAUAAAAAGAUGCUUCUAAUUUGA